AUGAAACUCUGGUUUGCUCGUGUAUUUGUUGUAGAGGAUUGUAUUAAAUUUAGUCGUAUCCAAGGACCAUAAUACUCGUAUAAUUGCGGUGAUCGAUGUUUAAAUAAAUUCACAUGUACGGAAUGUGAUGUCGAACUCUGUCCAUGUGCAGAACUUUGCAAGAAUAGAAGAUUUUAAAAGCAUGAGGAUGCUUGCGUGUAUCCACUUAAAUGUGGAGGAAAGGGAAUGGGGUUGUAUGCUGGUGACCGCAUAUAAAAAGGACAAUUUAUAAUGCAAUACAUUGGAGAGAUUUUCUAGAUAAAUAGUGCUUUGGGGAGGAGGAGAGUGCAAGAAUAUUCGAAAUCGACAUGUACAUAUUUAAUGAAACUGAAUAACUAGGAAGUUAUUGAUCCAACAACCAAAGGUAAUUUGGCAAGGUUCAUCAAUCAUUCCUGCGAACCGAAUUGUAUAACAGAGAAGUGGAAUGUGUUGGGAGAAGUCUGUAUUGGUAUAUUUGCAAGUCGUGAUAUAAAUGAGGAUGAAGAAUUAACAUUUGAUUAUCAAUUCGAUGUUUUUCAUACUCCCUUGACGAAAUGCUUAUGUGGUGCCGCAAAGUGUAAGGGUUAUUUAGGAUUGAAACCAACCGAUGUUACUCAAGAGGAGUGGGAGGAGCAUUUGGAAAAUAUGGUGUGUAAAAUAUGUUAAACCAAAACACCAUAAGAUGAUGAGUAAUUGUUAUUGUGUGAUAAAUGCAAUUGUGGAUUUCAUUUAUUGUGUUUGGUCCCUCCCUUGGAAUCAGUCCCUAAAGAUGCUUGGUAUUGUCAAGAGUGUUAGGAUGAAAAACGCAUUUUGGAGGAAUAAGAAAAAGAGAAAACUAAUUUAGAGAGAAUUCAACAAAGGAAAGUCAAAUCUUAUAAUAAUGAGAAAAAGCAGAAAAAGAAAAGAGAAGAACUCUCAUCCUCAUCAUGCAGUGAUUCUGACAGUGAAUACGAUAAUAGAUACAAAAUUAUGAAGUCUUUAGAAAAGCAAACUGUAAGAGAGUAUUUGUCACUCAAACAACCACAAUAAUAUCUAUCAACUAGGCAAGAUGAAGAAUUAAAAAAGGAGGAAGACAAUAACACUUCAGAACUACAAGUUCCUUCAGUUCCCCUUACUGGAAAAUCAUACUAUCAAAGUGAUUAAUUUAAUAAAUCAUCCAUUGAAGUUCAACCUUAAGAUUCUGGGAAGUUGUAAUAAAUGCAAUCCAUAGUUGAUGUGGCUUAAUAGAAAUUCGAAGAGUAGUACAAGGAGAAGUUAGAAUUACAUGAAUAAAUAGAAGCCAUUCAAUAAUAGAAUAUCCUAAAUAUUGAUAUGAUUAAGGAAUGUUUCAAAAUUAAUAUACUAGAAUAGAAAGUGGUGAAGAAGAAUGCCCAAUUAAUUUAUAAGAUUGGAAACAAGAUCAGUUUUGAACAGAUUGAUCAAUAAGUUGCUGAUUUCUUCAAAAAGGAAAACAACCUUACUGUAAUAGGGUCUAUCCAAUAAAUCAAUAUCUUUAGAUCUAUUCUGAAUAUGGUGGAACAAAUAAUUAAAGAACUAAAGAAGGAACUUGGGAUUAUAGAAGGAUAGAUUAAGGUUCCUAUCAUUUAUUUGAAGAGAUUAAUAAACAAAUUCAAUAGUUUAGACAAUAAAUAAGAAGUCAAUAUCAUUUACAAUAAAUCGUUAGCACACAGUGAGGAAAUAUUCCCAAUGGACAAAGCCACUCCGAUUAAAAUUAAAGGAUCUAAACAAAAUAUAGAAUAAACAGCUACUGAAAUUAGGAACACAUUAAAAACUCUAUGUGUUUAAAGAUUGUACAUCAGUAGAAGUGAAACUAAGUCUGUUUAGCAAAAUAUGUUUUAAUUGAAAUAAAAUGCUGAAAUUAGAAUUUCAAGAGAUUCCGUUUACAAUGCGAGAGGAGAACAAACACAAAGAGAUAUUAAUCACCCCUUCUUCUAUAUUUAAUACAGAGAGAAAGAGGUUUGUCUGAUUGGAACAUUAUAACAAAUACAAGAGACAAGCACUGCCAUUAAGAAACUAUUAGAAUAAGAAGCAAAUAACGAAAAGGAAAUGACAUACUUUACUGUUUUGAUCUCUCCUCAGUAUAAAGAAUCUUGCAAGUAGGUCAAAUAAAUAAUUGAACGAAGUUCCUCUUCUACAAAGGUUCUGCUUUUUGAGGCUUCUCAUCCUAGAAAGAAUAUGACAAUAUUGGUACUAUGUUUGAGAAAUUAAAUUAUAUAAACAAAGCAAAACUUUUCAGAUUUGAUUUAUUAACAAUGCUAAUUAAAAUUAGAUUAGUUCUAAGAUUAAAUGUCGAUGCAAAUGUGCAGAUAUGUAUUCAAAUACCUUUAAAAUACGAUGAUGACUAAUGACAUGGCAUUUAUGAAGAAUUGGGAUCUCAUCACUCCUUAUUUUUAUCAAUUCAAUAUCAUGAAGUAUAGGGAAUCAAAAUUCGAGAAUUGGUUUGUUAAACGAUGCUACUCCUCCCUUUUGAGAGAUUAUGAAACUCAAUUAUAUAUUUAGUAUUGUUUAGGGAAGGAAAUCCAAAAGAAUUUAACAGAUCAUGAAUAAUUUCUAAGGAAAAAGAAUCUAAUUCAAUUAACUAAACGAAUACUCUAUGCUAUUCUAGGCUUUAAGAGGUAUCCCACUGAUCAAGCCACCCUAGAUAGUGGACAAUAAUAAUAAUAGGAUACUAUAAAGAGAUUUAAUAAUUAAUAAGAGGAGGACAACCUGAAAGUGCCCAAUCUCUCAUUGAUAUCCUUGCAAGCUUAAUAUCCUUAAAUAAAUAAGAAAAGUGAUACUAAAAAGGAAACUAGUGAAAGAAGUCCAUCUGAUUCCAGCAAAGCAUAAAAAAAGUAAAGUAACUCAGAAUCAGACAAAAGCAGAGACUUCUCUACUAGAUAAAGACAUAAAUAACAUCAUCAUCAUCACAAAUAUUAUAAUUACAAUCAAAAAAGUCCAACCGAAAAAUAUGUUAGACACAAAUAUGACAAAACUGAUUACUAUGAUAAAUCAAAAUCAAGACAUAGAUAUUAAUCUCAAAAACAGGAUAAGUCCAGGGAUGGAAAUAAACGAUAUUAUGAGGAUGAUCUUUCCAGAAAUAGAUUCCAUAAUAAAAAAAGGUCAAGCAGCGAAGAGUCUGAUAAAUCACAAGAAUAAAGAAGAAAAAGAUAGGAAUCUGUAGAUUCUGAUAAAUAUAAAAAUAAUAAAUAUUAUAGUGGGUUUCAAUAUCAAAGGAGGCAUACUAAAACUAGCAAAUAUGAUUAUGAAAAAUCUUCCAAGAAUUUUGAAAACAAAGAUCGUUCUCGCUAUUAAAGUAAAGAUCGAUCUCGAUCCAAGUAGAGAAAUAAAUCUGAAAGCAGUGACAGCUAUAAAAGAAGAUCUACUCAUAAAUCAAAAAAGUACUCUAGGAAAUAUUGA